GGUAUCGGCCCCACCAAUGAAUAUUUUCAAAAAGAAACUGGACCUUCACUGAAAGGCAAUCUGUCAGGAUUAACACAGGUCACCUGAAUAUUCAUUCAUUGUCCGUCAUCAAUCUGUAGUUUUUCAAUCUAUAUUUAUCAACCUUCACCUCAAGGUUUUCUCCUGGUGCGGGUAACUUGAGGACGAUUCCUGGUGGUACUCAAUCCGACUCUAUGUGUGAUGGAGGCAAAAACAAGCGAGUUUCAUCGACUUCAUAGGAGACUGCGUAGUGACGAGGAUGAUAAAUGGGAUUGUAGUGUAUGUACCUACAUAAAUCCCAAAGAAUCUUAUAAGUGUGAAAUAUGCCACACCAGGAAAGGAACUUCUACAAGGAAACCAAGAUUGAAUACUCAGGUAGUAGAACAGCAACAGUUAAUUGCUCAAACUAUACUAAAGGAAAAGGAUGAUGAACAAAAAAAGAAAAGAGAAUCUAAAUGCAAGCAGUCUGUAUCCAGUAACUUUCGGUCGAAACACUUUGAUCGAUCCUCACCAUUACUUUUCGAAAUCUUCGCAAAUGGCUAUAGCGUUAUUAUCACUGAAUUCCAACCCAAAUCAAUAAAAUCAAAUGUUAGGAGCUUUUCAGAAAGUCCUGCUCCUUCUAACUGCUCAUCUCAUCAAGGUUUCGGACCCAACCCGAAUACUUUAGCCGAUGAUAUAUCGUCAACAGACUCACUGACCAAUGCGCCUAUUAACCCACGGCCACACCAUCUUUCGGAGUACGAGUUUAACGAUCCAAUUGAUAUUAAGCCUCCUAAAAUUUCCGAAUAUCCAUCAAAGCCUAGUUUUGGUAUGACAAGAUCUGGUCCAUCACCAGUUGAGGAGCCUAUGCGCCCUUGUAGAUCGUACUCACCUGCAUCCAGUUCAGCAGGAGGCAACACACUAAGCAGAGCAAGCUCACCACCUAACUCAAUUGGUCCUUGCCUGUUUGAUGUCAAAAAAGAACAAGCUGCUCUUGAGGCUGAACAAGCCGCUCAUGAUGGUGAUGAUGAGUGUGAAGAAGAAGAAAACAUUCCUAAAGCUAGCUUAUCUACAGAACCAAAGCUCUGCUCUCGUGAAACCAAACAAUCCAGGCGGUCCGUUUUACGAACUGUCUCUUUGAAUUCAUCUUGUUCAUCUCAGAGCCGCCGAAGUCACCGAGAAGAUAGAUUACGCUGUACUUCCUCUAUGUCACCUUUAAAGCGAAAGAAACUGACUAGUGGUUCUAGUCGCGGUAAUUGCAUAGGUUUAUCCUCUCUUCCACGUGGUUGUCAGUCAAAAUGUAGAAUAUCAAAAGAAAUAAACUCUUUAAUGUCUCCUACUAGUUACCGUUCCUUACGUAGUGGCAGCGACAAGUAUGUCGCUAAUGUAACAAAAUCUAAAAAAUCAUCAAAACGAUUCAAGAAGUUUUCUAGUCAAUUAGAUGCAAACUUAAAACCACAAAAACGUCAACGAUUUGAAGAAAUACCGAAGUCUAAUUGUAAACAGCGACUGCAAAAUGGACAAGAGUAUGAAGAGUCUAUAAUGGCAAACGAAAAAGUUGUCUACAAUAAAAGUUCUUUUUCCAGUAAUAUCAAUUGUAGCAUCUCUACUAAUCAUUACACUUUUCCUGAUGAUGAACCAAAAAUACAUUCAUCACCAGAUCAUAAAGAUUCUACUUGCUCUGUAUCUAUAUCCCAGACACAUCCACGCUUAUCAACAGAAUCUAAAAACACCAGUGCAAUGACAGAUAGCAGUGGAGCUACUGCCUUAGAAAUGUCUAGCUAAUUAAUUUCUCUUCUGUUUUGUUUCUUUUUCUAGGAAUUAUUUUCGUGUGAUGAUAGUUUUUACUCUGAUUGUAUAAAAUUGUCUAAUUUGUUUCCUUUACUACCGUUUUUUUAAAGAAAGUAACUAAUCAUUAUAUUUCAUCGAGAAAUUUUACUUAAAAUACUAAAAUAUUAAAAUGAUGCACUAAAUAUGGUCUAAUGUCUGCUAUGUAUGAAAUGUAUUUAAUGCAAACCUGUCAUAUCUUGUUGUUGUAUGUAUCAAAUAAGAAAUAUCUAUCAAUAAAGGAAGUCACUCUUUAGUGCCUUUAAUACUUUAUACACGUACUGUAACAAUUACACUUUUUAUUUAUUCGAUAUUUACCGUGUUGUAAAUGUACAUAUAUUAUCAAAUUUUUAAAAAAAAGUCAAAUAUGUGAAUAUUCAUGUAGGUGUAUUAUAUUUCUCUAUUUUUAACUUUCCUCUUUGUUUUUGUUCACAUUUCACAUUCAACGAAGGCAAUGUGCUGUGCACAUAUUUAUGGUCUCCAAUUAGAAUAUUUAUUGUUUAGCUACCAAUUAUAAUGUUAAAAAUUCUUCGUUUAUUUCACUCUACCAGGUUUUUUCAGAAGUUUCUAUUACUAUUUUUUACCAUUAUUAUUAUUAUUCGGAACACACUUGGUCCUGUUUAUCAUAUUUUGUUGUUUUUAAUAUAAUGCAAAAUUAUUUUAUGUAGUAUGAUUGAUCUCAACUAAUAAUCUUCUUUGUUCUUCCUCUAUUGUCGUUUAUUGUUUUUGUUUUUCACUUUUCCCAUAUACGUAUAUAUUUGUAAAGUUUUUUAUACAUAAAUGUAUAGUUCUAAUGUUAUUACAAUGCUAUCUUAAUACACACCAUGUUGUAUUGUUUUGCGCCUUAUUUGAAUUUUUGUUGAUGCCCUGAUUGCUGUCUUAUUAAUAAGAGGAAUAUGAUGUUUUAAAGUUUUAGCGCUAGUGUCUUCUAUUGCUUACUGUUAACUUGACUUUUGUUCGUCCUUUAUAGAUUGUAAUGUAUAUGACAGUAAUUACAGAUUGGAUCUGGUUAAAUGUGUUAUGUUAUUAGACAGUUUAUCACAGUAUUCUAACGGUCCUAUGUAUUAAAUUAUACUUUUUCAAACUUGGAACUGUCGUCUAGUAGUGGUUCAUGUACUCGAUUGUCUAUCAUUUCGUGAUUCAUUCAAAUCAACUUCACCUCAUUUGUUACCACUUACUAUAAGUGUUAAAUAAAAGCUUAAGAAUGUAGCAUUUAAGAAACCAUUAUACUGUCUACAAUUUAUUCGUAUUUCAAAGAAGUGCAUAUGUUGAUUCACCAGUUAAGUCACAACUGUGAUAUUUUUGGUAGCUAGUCUAUGUCAUAUCUUGAGUUUUAUUUGCUUUUUUGUCAUGGGAAGUUAUUUCAGAUUGUCCUAAAUGAUGUGAGUGAGGAACUUAGCUAUUCAACUAUCUAUUCAUGAUUAUCAGUUUCUUUACGUUAUGACAGUAUCUUAGAUGCAUUGCAGAGAAUAUUGAACGAGAGUUGGGUGUACUUAUUAUAACUUGAUAAAACGGUAGCUUUGUUUGAAAAUGGCGCUUCGUAG